GUGGAGGACUUUUAUAAGCAUGGUCUUCCUUUUGGAAGCUUCCUCUGCAGAGCAUGAACGCGAUCAAGAUCACCGUGCUGGGAGGGGAAGGAGUUGGCAAGUCAGCUCUCAUCGUCAGCUUCUUCACUAGAUGCUUUAUUGGCGAGUAUGCAUCCUCAUUAGAAUGCAUAUACAGAAAGUGUCUGGCUGUGAAUGGGAGGCAGAUUAACCUGGAGCUGUAUGAGCCAUGCUAUCAGUCCGCUGAGGGUUGCGAUCAGAUACACUGGGCUGAUGGUUUUAUUGUGGUGUACGAUAUCAGCGAUCGCUCAUCCUUUGUUACAGCCAGAGCCAUAGUUAAGCUUAUCAGGGCGUUCCCCUUGGGAUCAGCCAAAAGGGAUGUCGAGUCUCUUAUAUUUGUGGUGGGCAACAAACACGACCUGUGUCACAUGCGAGAGGUGCGUUGCGAGGAAGGUCAGCGUCUGGCAGCCGAGUUCCGCUGCCAGUUCUACGAGCUGUCGGCCGCCGACCACUAUUAAGAGGUGGUGCGCAUAUUCUCCGAGAUGGUGCAGAGCACCAGCCUCCGGGGCAAGGCCAAGGAGCGCAGGAGACGACCCAGUGGUUCCAAGUCCAUGGCCAAACUCAUCAACAAUGUUUUUGGCAAAAGGAGGAAAUCUGUGUGAAGAUCCAUCCAUCCAUCCAUUUUCUACCGCUUAUUCCCUUCAGGGUCGCGGGGGGCGCUGGAGCCUAUCUCAGCUACAAUCGGGCGGAAGGCGGGGUACACCCUGGACAAGUCGCCACCUCAUCGCAGGGCCAACACAGAUAGA